UGAGACAUCGAAGCCCAAGGCAAAACCAGAAGAAGCUUAUAUCUAUCGCAAUCCAAAGUAUCCAUUGACCAUCUCAUACGGCAUUGUCGACAGCGGCAGACAUUCAUUAUAGGGUGUGGAUCCGACUACCGGUUCGAUUAAGCAGAAAACAUACAAAAACAACAUCCAUUGCCACCAGCGAUUCUGCCGUUUGCAUUGGCCGACCAACACACGAGCCCCUGCUGUGCUGCUUUCCUCGAUGACAACGAGUCAGCUGUGACAAACACGCUGGCUCCCUCGGCCGAUACCGACACGGAUCCCGCCCCGUCACUGCCCUCGGUCCUGCGAGGCUGAGUGAAUGUCGUCCUGACCUCGACGACAAGAUCGCGACCCCCCAGCCUCGCUCCUCCUCUCGCCCGCGAGCUUCUAUGCUGGAGCCCCAACACGUCGACUCUCCCAUGUGCCGCCGCCGAUCCCGACGUUGCUCCUUCGAAUCCCACCCAUCGCAUGCCCGCCAGAGCUAUCUGCAGCACCCGCCUCGCCGACCCUCCCAGCCCGCACCCGGUCUCUCCCUCGGCCGUCACCCAUGGUAGCUAAAUGGCAGAUGGUUAUCAGUAUCUCCAGCAGCACCUUGGCAACCUCAUCUACGUACAGCCCACACCGAAAAACCCGCUCGCGAACCAAACCCUCCUGAACACCCUCCUCAGCCACGUCUCCCCAAGCUCGCGCCCCGCCUCCAAGUCCCCAGACCUCGGCGCCCAAGCCCGCUCCUCACAAGGCAUGUACAACUCGGGCCACCAGCCGGGGCCCAACUCACGCCUCAAUGGCGGGCCUUCCGCCUCCUCGCGCGGCAUGCCCAUGCUCUACAACCAUCCAUCCAACCCCUCACACCAGUACGCCCAUGCCUCCCACCACCAGGGUAUACAGCCUGACCACUCCGGCCAUGCUGGGUCCAUGGGUCACGGCUCCGGCUACUCGAGCGGCGUGAUGCCAAAUGCGAGCCCCUACUCCAAUAAUAAUGUCCCCAAUGGCCAUCCCGGUACAACAAGAGGCGGCCAGGCACAACAGAUCAGCGACGAGUGGGCAGCACAGUUAAGGGCGCACAAGGAUUCGCAGAGGGCACACGCCGCCGUCGUAGAACAGCACCAAGGGCACUACUUCGCCCGUCUCAAGGCGGCAGAGAACAGGGGCAUCGGCCCUUCUAUCACGGCAACGUCGACCACAAACCAGGUGGAAGGCGACGACGACUCCGGCGUCAGGCGGCCUCACAUGGUCGAAAAGACGGACGAACGACAGGAUUGGUUCAACCUCGACAUGAGCGGCCAGGGCCUGCGCAACCUAGCAACACCGUGCUUUAAUUACAGCUUCCUCAAGGAGCUCUACCUGGCCUCCAACAACCUGACGCGGAUCCCCGAGGAGUUCGGCCAGCUGAGAUGCCUGACGCUGCUUGACCUGUCGCACAACCAGAUCAGGGACAUCCCGCCCGAGAUUGGCAUGUGCACUUCGCUCAAGCAGCUCCACCUGUUUGACAACCAGAUCCGGUCGCUGCCCUACGAAUUGGGCCACUUGUUCAACCUGGAGAUGCUAGGCAUUGAGGGCAACCCUCUCGAGCAUGAUCUGAAGCAAGAGAUCAUCGAGAAGGGCACCAAGAGUCUCAUCAGCCUUCUCCGUGAACAAGCACCAGUGCCUCUUCCCCCCAACCCGAGACCAGUCAUCGUGCUCAAUCCAGACAGCCCCCCUACCUUGGAGCGCAUCAAAGUCCUGACUUGGAAUAUCCUCUGCGAAAAGUAUUCGACGACGACCAUGUACGGAUACACGCCCACCGGGGCCUUAUCGUGGGAGUACCGGAAGGACGCGAUACUGCAGGAAAUCCGCGAGCGCGACGCCGACAUUGUUUGCCUGCAGGAAGUCUCGGUGGACGCCAUGAACGAAGUCUUCAGUCCCGAACUGGCUGCCGAUGGCUACAAGGGCGUACAGUUUUCGCGCUCCAAAGCCAAGAUAAUGAGUGGCAAGGAGGCGAACGCUGUGGACGGAUGCGCCGUCUUCUAUAAGGCCAAGAAAUACAUUCUGCUCGACAAGCAGAUGAUCGAUUUCCAAAACAUAGCGAUCAACAGGCCCGAUAUGAAGACGCAGCACGACAUCUUCAACCGUGUCAUGCCCAAGGACAACAUCGGCAUGAUAUGCUUCUUUGAGAGCCGGCAGACAGGCUCGAGGAUGAUCGUGGCGAACGCCCAUCUUGCCUGGGAGCCUGAGCUGGCCGAUGUGAAGCUGAUCCAGACGGCAAUCCUGAUAGAUAGCGUCACCAAGCACGCCGAGAAGUACGCACGCUGGCCGGCCUGUCGAGACAAGAAGUUCAUCCAGCUCGCUCCGGAGGGCGAGGAACGCGAGGUCAUGCCCGAACCGGCGCCCUCACAAGAAUACCGGAACAACACGGACAUCCCGCUCUUCGUGUGCGGCGACUACAACUCCACCUAUGACAGUUCGGUCUACGAGCUCCUGUCCAAGGGACGAGUUGAGCCCAACAACCCGGACUUCGGCGAGAGGCAAUACGGCAACUUCACCCGCGACGGCAUCGAGCACCCCUUCAACCUGCGUUCGUCGUACUCCCAGCUCAUGCACUCGGCGGACCAGAUGCCGUUCACCAACUACGUGCCCACCUUCGAGGGUGUCAUCGACUACAUCUGGUACUCGAGCAACUCGCUGGAGGUGGUAUCACUGCUCGGACCCCCAGACAUGGAAUACCUCAAGCGCGUGCCCGGCUUCCCGACGUACCACUUCCCCUCGGACCACAUGCACCUCAUGGCAGAGGUGGCCAUCAAGGCGAGGAAGGAUAAGAAGGUCCUGCCGGAAUCGUCGGACUUCUCAGGCCGAUAGAAAGGAGCAUCAUCUUCCCCCUCUGCGACCGCUCUGCGGUAGCGACUGGGGGGGGGGCUCUGAGGCAGCGAAGUGGGUCCGGCCCGUGUUGGGAAUCUUGCGUUUUGUUUGGUUUGUCUUGAGAAAUGGAAGUCCAAAUCUCCCGGUGUUCUGGAUCUGGUUCAAGGAAUUGCAAGGUUUGAUCAAGUUUUAUUUCGGCAAAGAACGGGAAAGGACAAAUGGACGAAAGCGGGGUGACGGACGGAGCGGGUUGAGCGGGGCGUGGAGCUGAGCGUGCGUGUCGUCCGUCUUAAGAAAGAAGUGAAGUGUGUGUGUGCGCGGGUAGGGUAGGGGAGCGCCGUGUCCUGUGUGAGUUUAGUUAGUUGUGGUCUGUCUGCGAGCCAAAGUCAUUCCGGGGGGGUGUUACUUGUUUUUGGUUCUGGCGUCUAUCUACUGGUGGAAUGCGGUAGAGCGGGCAAAGGAGCUGGAAUAGGAAUAAUCCCACAUCGAACAUAAAAUCAGUUUCUUCAUCUGAAAA